CUUUGCACUUGCAUAUGUGUUUAGAGUACUGUAUUGCACUCGGGAGUAAAUUUCCUAGAGCCUUUACUUAUGAUCCUUUGCCCUUGCACACCCCUUGACUCUUCCCAAAUACUCACGGGGCACUGCUUGGUUUGCUAGGAAUGGUGAACCGCUGAAAGCAUAUCUGCCAGACCUCCUGGAGCACCUGGCUUCCAGGUGCUUGCCUGCUCACCUCGUUUUGGUACAGUGUUCCUUAUUGCAACCAGUCCUGUGCGCGUAUGCACUAGUUAGGCACAGUACCUGCUUAAUCUAUUCAGGUAUGCUUGGCGGCCAGUUCCCUACUAACGCAGACGGCGCGCAAAGCUGAAGUUCCGUCUGUGUUUCACUAACUACCAGCUUUACGUUGGCCUGUGGUUGUCAGUCGGAGACUGUCGCUUUGUCUAUAGCGAGUUGCUAACGUUCGCUGUGGCAUCCUUUCGUAAUUGGUCGCACCCUUACGCUGGUGAAAGGAGUGCGCCAGAGCAAGUCCACGCGCGUCCAUAAUUGUAUGAAGUUUGUUACCUAUUCCUACCAGACAUUAGUCCGUUUGGAGCCUGACCAGCCUGCCAUGCCUCCGCAUCCUUGUCCAGUCGGAGGAAGCACCGCCGUCUGAGCAACCAAGUUCUGCAUACCAGGAAUCGACCUCUCCACAUCGAUUGUUUGUGGGCUCUGUACCAAAAACUGCAGUCGAGGCCAAUUUGCGUGUUUACUUCGAACAGUGCGGUGUUGUCGGCGACCUCGCAAUUCUGCGAGACCGCUCCUCAGCCAAAUCCCGCGGCUGUGCGUUCGUCAGCUACUUAAAACAAGAGGACGCUGAGGAGGCGAUUCGGCGGUUUGACCGGCAACUGAUCCUCCCAGGAGCACAGGCCCCUUUAGAGGUUCGUUUCGCCAAGAAUCACUCGUACGUGCAAGCUGGCAGCGGCCCCUCAGACAACCGGCAGCUGUUCUUCUCCCGAGUGCCACUGAACUACAAGGAGGAGGACAUCCUACCGUUGUUCCUGGAGCACGGAGACGUCGAGGGCAUCAACGUAUUCAAGUGCCGCAAGUCGGGACGCAGCAAGGGCUGCGGAUUCAUAGAGAUGCAAACACGCGAGGCGGCUAUAAGUGCCAUGGAGCAGCUAGAUGAGCGGCAUGUAUUCGAUGCCACCGGCACCGCCAUCUCCGUGCGCUGGGCGGACCCCGACCUGCAGCAGCGCAAGAAGCUGGCCAUGGACGAUGCGAACUCGGACAACCGAAUGCUCUUCUUCGCCAAGGUGCUGCGCUCCACCACGGAGGACGACGUGCGGCGGCUCUUCUCGCGCUUCGGCAAGGUGCACGACGUCAACCUCUUCCGCGCCUUCCAGGGGGCUCCCACCACCAAGGGCUGCGGUCUAGUGACGAUGUCGGUCCACAGCGAGGCGGUGGCGGCCAUCAACGCGCUGGACGGGAAGUUCACCUGGGAGGGCAUGGACUGCCCCAUGGUGGUCAAGUGGAUGGACACGGCGCUGCAGCGGCGGCGGCGCGAGCAGCACCUCGCCGCCCUGCGCCAGCCGCUGCCCUCCGCCAGCAUAGGCGGCAUCCUGGGCGCCCAGCGCAAUGCCGCAGCAGAGCAGUUCACCUACCAGGCGGCGCUCAUGCCCUCCAUGCCCGGUCUGAUGCCGCUGGGUGCAAGUGCCGCUGCGGCCACCGCCGCCGCAGCAGCAGCCGGCCUCGCCACCGGAGGCGCCCCCAGCUACACCGUCAUGCAGCCCUCCGCGGCGGGCAUUGCUCCUGGGGCCGGAGCCGCGCUGGGCAUGGGCAUGAUGGGGGCCCCGAGCGCCGGCGCUGCUGCGGCUGGCGGAGGAGCGGGAGGUGCCGGUUUAACUGCGGCGUUGAACGAGGUGUUGGACCCGCCGCUCGAGACGCCCCCGCCGGGCUGCAAUCCGGAUGCCAUUAAGCUGUUUGUGGGUAACGUGCCCAAGAGCUGCACGGAGGAGCAGCUGCUGCCGCUGUUCCAGACCAUCGGAAAGGUGGUUGAGUUGGUUAUCGUGUACGACAAGAUCACCCACGAGUCCAAGGGCUCGGGCUUUGUUUGGUUCGAGACGCGUGCGGAUGCGGAGCGCGCCAUCAUCCAGUUCAACCUGCGCCACAUCUUCCCCGACCCCUCGGGCGCCCAGGACCGCCCACUGGUGGUGCGCCGGGCCAAGGCGCGCAACAGAGGGAUGGGGCCGCCGGGGCCCUUUGCAGCAGCGCUGGGACAUAUGACUCCAGGCAGCCUGGUGGCCUCGCCGUACUUUCCCCAUGCGUUGGGUUUCGGAGUGGGUAGCAUGGCCGCAGCGCCCACCUCAAUAGGCAUGGGCCACAUGGGCGGUGUGGUGGGUAUGGGCGGCGGGCUCUCCGUGGCCUCCCUGCAGGCUGGCAUGGAGGGGCUACAGCUGGUGGAUGGUUCCGGAGCCAUGGCCGCCGCAGCAGCAGCAGCUAGGGGUGGAGCAGGGGGAGGCUUGGCGACGGGCAUGGGCGUGGGUAUGGCUGGCGGUGGCAUGCCUCAUGUGGUGGCUGCGGGUCCGCAUGCCGCCGCAGCUCAUGCGGCGCUCAUGCAUCAGUCCAUGGGGGUGGUGGGUGCGGGCGCGGCGGGAUCGGAUCGAUCCAUGCAGGGCGUCAUUACCCUGGCGCCGGGGGGCGGGCAGCCGGCGGGUAUCUACCAUGCGUACGGCACAGACGACGCGGCUGCAGCUUCAGGCACGCCCGCAGCCACCGCCGCUGCUGCCGGCGGCAGCUACCCCAUGAUGCUGGCUGCCGCCGCCGCCACCGGCGGCAUGCCCGUCGGCGUCAGCGGCGGCGCCAUGGUGGGACAUGCGGGUGCUGCUGCUGCUGCUGCCGGCGGUGCAUGGGAUGCCGCUGCAGGGCUGCGGCAGCAGGCCGCUGUGACGCUGGCGCUCAACUCUGCUCAGCUUGCGGCGGUGAACCAGCACAUGUUCAGCGUGCAAACGGUGAGUGGAGCCACGCUUCAGCUGUCGCCGGGAGCCACUGGGCUGUUCCAUCUGGUCAUUUCCGGGGGGAAGGCGCAGGUGGAGGCGGCGAGGAACCUGCUGGGGUCGGUACUUGGCGAGGUGGUGUGUGCGACCCAGUAGGGAACAGUAGGGUAGAGGAAAGAGACGGGAGGAGUGGGCGAGAAGCUGGAGAGGAAACGGAUGAGGUGGGGCAUGAGAUACAUAAAUGUGGGUGGAGGAAAGGGGGGCGCAUGCUCGUGUGUGAAUUCCGUGGGGGUGUUUCUGUGAAGGUGCGUGAGGAGCAAACGUCGCCCUUCAUCCCGUCAUUGGGCGUUGAACGGCCCGUGAACGAGGCAGUAUGUUGGAAAAGCGAACCUUUCUAUUAUUGCAGCUCGAACUGUCCUUGUACGGUUCCGGUCGUGCUGCGAUAUACAUUUGUGGGGGGUUUGGCGUUUUGAUAUAAUAACAGCGGCGACUUUUAGAGAUGCAGACGCUAAUAGUAUGUACGGCAUGCAGGAGUGCCGCCCUUAGGUUAGUCUUAAAGGGCUCUUGCUGGCAUCUUUUCUUGCUAGCACCCGUAAUUUACUGAGCCAGGCUUGGGAGCCACGCCCUUUAGUGGCCCGCUUGGAGGUCUACGCGCGCGCAGCCUUGCCUAUAUUGCUGGUUUUAGGCAUAUCACAAUUUUCACAUGUUGCGGUCCUGCGCCUUCAAAUUAAUGCCCGUGUGGCUUAGGUUCCCGCUCUGUGAUCGUAGCUUUCUGGAGACUGUUGGUUUACCGCCUUGCCCUUAAAUUGUGGCCGCAUUCCCUGCCUGUAUUGCUGCACGCACGGCAACGUAUCUUGUGAGCAUAUCCUGAAUUGGAGGGCCGUGCCAUGUGCCAUGAGCCUUUUCAUCUUCUUUUGUCUUCAGCCCGUGUGGGGGGUGUCAAAUAGUAUCGCGUUGGCCGGACUGUGCAAUGAAGUUAGGGCGCACAUGUUUGGAUUGGACUGUUGGUUUCUGUCACGGCAUUGGCACAACGCUAGAGCAUGCGCAUGACCCUUUUCCUUGGCUGUGUAGCAAGUGGAAACGCUGGCGUGGGCCCCCGUUGUGGGUUGAAGAUCGCUGCUACUGCCGGCACUAUCCUGCCGUGUGUGCCCGUAUGGCUUUGAUUGGUUGCGGGUGGUGGUGUGCGUCGCGGGAACUCCUCGGCAGCCAGUUGCGAAUUCAGCGCGACCUUUGGGGCCCUCUUAGCACGGAACGGAACGGAGGAACACUUGGUUUGUUUGUACUGUGCCCCAGAGCGAUAAAAUGCAUGUCGUAAGAAGAGAAGCGCAUGUGCUACGAAUUGGAGACUUGGCGCUGAUUGGAAUAUUGGGUGUUUAAUAUUCUGCAUAUCUGCGGUGGUGGUGGGUGUCUCUGGUAGGCGAGGCGAGCAUAGAAUACUACAUUUUCGCGGGCGUGGAAAGAAUGCCAUGCUACUAACGUAUUACUUACGUAAUGACAGCGAGUUCAAGAUUCCAGGAGUAUUAGCUUGAUACUUGGAGGCGCUAGGAUUGGAGACCGUUGAGCUGGGGAGGCGUGAGGUUAUGCUUGAACCGGGCUUGGUGGGUCGAGUGGAUGGUAGUUGGCACAUGGCAGGGCUUUGCGGGCUCACCGACACCCCGUUGCUCCAGUUUUGGAAAUUCACCUUUUGUUGGGGGCAUUUACACUCUAUCCUCAUGGUGGUGGGUGUUACGCUGUUACCGGCAUGCUGAGGUAGCUAGGUUGCGGUUGAAGUGCUUCUCCAUGAGACCCUUUACAAUGGACGCACAAGGGAUGGGCGAGAUUUAUAGUGGGAAGUCUACAGCCCGUGGGGCCAUAGAAAGGUGAGGGCUUUCAGGAGCGGCGUUGUAUUGCGAAAGAAGGAGGGAGGGUGAGCUUGCAAGACCCUAUGAGGCGUUUCAGGCGCGCAAAUUUGAGUUGGCGCUGUGUUUUGAUUUUGGCGAAGCAGCGCACCGUUUUAAUGUCGCUUUGGCUUAGCCUGUGCUGCCACAUGCGCGUAUCACUUGCAUGGAUGUGAGGGAUCAGUACCAGCGGCCAGCCGCAAGCGCGUCGUACGGCGUUUUUUGGUUUCUUUGCGGGUGGUAUGUCGUACGUGUGUGUUAAAAUAACUGGCCGCGAGGCGGUGUGUGUCUGCGGGCCCAGUACACUCGGCCCUUGGUUUUCCAAGGUGUGUGUGGUAUGCUUGCCGUGCUGGGAGGUAUGCCGCAGUAUAGUGUAAGGAGUUACUCGUUAUUACAGGAAUAGGGAUGCCAAUGAAGGAUAUCCCCGCCUGCUCCGUACACUUACUCAUACCUCCAUGGUGAGGCCUCUGGUGUUCCUAUCCCCCAUCCUGCAAUGGGGAUUCCUCGGGGGUUCCUCCUACUCAGUGGCAGGGGCGGAAUGGCGCUUGGUAUUUGCGCUGCCAUAAGCGUGCGCCCCACGUCAUGCUGGAUUUGGGCCACCUGCCAGCGGCUGAAGGCUACCACGCCACCCUUUGCCUUUAUCCACCUGAAACUGACUGCUUAUUCCUUUGCUAUACACCUUAGCUCAACUAAGGUGUAUCAACCGCUUUCCCGUGGCAGCGACAUUCUGGGCGCCUAUUACUGCUGGACCCUCCCACAGUUUGCGGAUGUACUGCUCACUCUGUUGCGCAACGCUUACGCUGCCUACCGUGGCCAGCUGUAUCAGCAAACGCGGGGUGUUGCCAUGGGCGCCAACUUCGCCACGUACGUCGCCAACAUGGCCUUGUGUGCUCACGAGUACCGCUUCCUCCGCACCCUCUACUGCGCCGCCUUCCAGCCACAUGCCCUCCUUCCACCACUCCCCCUUCCACCCAGCCUCGCGCUGGAUAUCCUACUUGCCUUCCAACAGACAUACCGGUUCGCCGACGACCUCCUCAGCCUGGACAAUCCAUUCCUCCCCCACCUCCUCAGCGCCAACCAGCUCUUCCUUGGGCUGCUACCCGGCAUCUACCCCAUCUCCCUCACUCUUACCUCCUCCGGCGCCUCCUCCCACACCACUCCCUCCCUCCCCUACAUGAAUUUUGCCAUUACCGCCUCCGCCUCCACCCUCCCCGGGCCCCUUCUCUUCACCCUUGCUCCCUACGACAAGCGCGACGGCCCCAAGUUUCGCCACCUCCCUAUCGUCCGCUACACCCUCUUCACCAGCACCCUUCCCCACCACAGCAAACUUAACCUCGUCAUUAAUAUCCUUAUGACGCACGCUCGGUUCAGUUCCACCGCCUCCGCCUUCACCUCCGCCGCCCAAGAUGCUAUGCGCCACCUCCAUCUCCGCGGUUAUCCACGUCCUUUCCUUCUCCUCGCCCUCCGUCGGUUCUUCCGGCUACACCUUCACCUCCUCCCUCACCACCCCCGUUGGUCACAGCUGCAGCGUACGCUCCUACCUUCCUAACGCCUUGUUGUCUCUUCUGGUUGCUCUGUGGCAGCAGCAGCGGUCAUGACGGCAGAUACAGCAACAGCUCUGGGCUUACGGACGCUUUGGGCUUUCGGACCUGCGCCGUCGCUUUCGUGGGCCGUGGCGUCCAGUUCAGCGGCGGCAGGGUUUGCGGACCUUAGGCUAGCGGGUUGGCUGGUGGUUAUGCGGUCCACUGACGGUGGGUCGUGCCGUGGCAGUUUUAGGUUGCCCUUUGUCGCGGUACGGCCCGGGGCACGGUGUGGUUGCGUGGUCGCGUGUUUUUGGGUUUAGGUUGUUUUUUCUGCAGCCGGGCAGGCUGAGCAGGGUCGGGAUUUUUAGGUCGUCUCGGGCUUGGGAGAGGGGCGGGGUUUUGUUGUGGUCGUUGUGGUCGUUGGUCUUUGUUGUGGUGCUGUUUUUGUUUUCGGGGGGUUUUGGGGGGUUUGUUGCGGCCCUGCCGCUUUUGCUUUGCCCUGUGGCAUGUAAGCAUCUGGGGUG